AUGGUGCAAGUCAAAAUGUCCAAAUCGUCCGCAGACCCACUGCCUGGUGUCGAAACAGGCUCACAGUCUCACAAUUUUCAGCUGCCCAGGAAGUUGCCUAAGAGGAAAAGUCGGUUCAAACGUUCGGAUGGCAGCACGUCCUCAGACACCACCUCCAGCUUCAUCAAAAGACAGGGGUCGGCUGAUUCGUACACCAGUAGACCGUCGGAUUCCGACCUGUCAGCAGAGGAGGACCGCGAGGCGUAUCGGCGUGAAGCCGAGCGCCAGGCCCAGCUCCAGCUCGACAGAGCUAAGUCUAAACCUGUAGCGUUUGCGGUGAAGACCAACGUGGCUUUCUGUGGGGCUCUGGAUGAGGACUGUCCCGUUCAAGGAGCUGCAAUCAACUUCGAAGCCAAAGACUUCCUGCACAUUAAGGAGAAGUACAACAAUGAUUGGUGGAUUGGUCGUCUGGUGAAGGAGGGGGCGGACAUUACCUUCAUCCCCAGCCCUUUACGCCUGGAGGCUAUGAGACUCAAACACGAGCAAAGGAAAAGAGGGGGGAACUCUUCCUCCAGUCUGGGUGACAUGGUGUCUGGGAGCUGGAGGACAACGCCGCCAUCUGGUGGUAAGUAUAAGCCGAAGCAAAAGCAGGAACACAUUCCUCCAUAUGACGUGGUCCCGUCUAUGCGGCCGGUGGUCUUAGUGGGGCCGUCACUGAAGGGGUAUGAGGUGACAGAUAUGAUGCAGAAAGCUCUGUUUGACUUCCUGAAACACAGGUUCGACGGACGAAUCUCCAUCACACGCGUUACGGCAGACCUUUCUCUUGCCAAGAGAUCUGUGCUCAACAAGAGGCCCAUCAUGGAGAGAUCCAAUGCUCGCUCCAGCCUGGCCGAGGUCCAGAGUGAGAUAGAGAGGAUAUUUGAGCUGGCCAAAACCCUCCAGCUGGUGGUUCUGGAUGCAGACACCAUCAACCACCCAGCCCAGCUAGCCAAGACUUCCCUGGCCCCUAUCAUCGUCUACGUCAAAGUGUCCUCGCCAAAGGUGCUCCAGAGGCUGAUCAAGUCCCGGGGGAAGUCUCAGAGCAAACACCUGAACGUGCAGAUGAUGGCCGGGGACAAACUGUCUCAAUGCCCCCCUGAGAUGUUUGAUGUCAUUUUGGAUGAGAACCAAUUGGAGGAUGCGUGUGAGCACUUGGCUGAAUACCUAGAGAUCUACUGGCGCGCCACUCAUCUUCCCGACACCACCCCCAUCAACCCGCUAUUAGAGCAGAACCUCAUGACCCCGCCCUCAGCCAACUCUAGCCUACAGACCCAGAAUAAGAACCAGCCCCCAGCGCAGCACAGCAGUGUGGGGGUGGAAGGUGAGGAGGUGGAGGCCCACUCCCCUCUGGAGCAGGACAGCCUGAUGCCGUCUGAAGAAGGCUGCGACUCCCUGUCCCGCGGCCUCCUUGGGGGCCCACACCUCCGGGGGGACGAGGAGGACGAGGAGCUGGAGGAUGAGUUUGAGUCCCCUUGCCACGCCCAAACUUACAGGGACAGGUACCCCCCUCACCGUGGUCACCGCGGGGGCGUCCACAGCACCAACGGGCAUGAAUCACAGGACAGGCUGCUCCAGCGCGAUGCCCAGCAGGGGCACAACCAGCGCAACAACUGCCAACGCAGCCGCCCCUGGCCCCGAGACAACUACUGA